GAAAAUAAAUAAAUAUUCAACACGCAUUCUCCUCAUUUGCUAUUAUUUCAAAUGCUGAUAAUUGUAAGAGUUGCAUAAAUCUUGGUGGUGGGGUGUUCAAAGGUAUCCAAAUUUUGCCCCCUCAUAAAUAUUUGCAAUUAAUUCGAUUGCUGCAGCUGUUGUUUCUGUUGCUUAUGUUUUAGAUCCAGUCAGAAAGAUCUGCAGAAACUGAAAAAAAGAAAUGAAAAAAUGGAGCUGUCAUCAUUCAAUAUGUUCCUGCUGUUUCUCAUCUUGUUUUCAGCUGCAGCUAUUGUAGCACAAGACAUUCUUCCUGGCUCAACUCUUCAUGCCUCAAAUCCACAGCAAUCAUGGACUUCUCCAAACAAAUCCUUCACCCUUUCCUUCAUUCACGAAUCCGAUAACGCGUAUUUUGCUGCCAUAACCUACAACGGCGUCCCCAUCUGGAGAGCCGGUGGUGAUCCUGGCGGCUCCGUUAAUUCCUCAGCUGAGCUGAGGUUCCUACAGGAUGGCAACCUCCAGCUCGUCGUCGUGGCGGGGCCCACCACGUCGUUGGUGUGGCAGUCCAACACCUCCGGACAAGGCAUCGACUCCGCCUCACUUGACAACUCUGGCAACUUCAUGCUCAAGAAUGGAAAUGUCCCUAUUUGGACAACCUUUGACAACCCCACUGACACUAUUAUGCCUGAGCAGAAUUUCACCGUUGGCGACGUCUUACGCUGUGGAUUCUACUCUUUCCACUUGCUGAGCUCAGGUAGAAUAUCUCUGAGAUGGAACAGUUCUGUUGAGUACUACACAUAUGCAGGGAUCAAUGUGACCAACACUUUGAAUGUGAGCUCACCUAGUUUAGCAAUGCAGUCUGUAGGGAUACUGUCCCUACUCGAUCCGUUGUUCACCAACGAUGUCUUCAUGGCUCGAGGUAGUGAUUAUGGCCCGAGCGAUGAUACUCUGAGGUUUGUGAAGUUGGACUGUGAUGGGAACAUGAGGAUGUACAGCUCUUCACUGAGUGAUGGAGUUGGAAGCAGAGUUGUGAGAUGGACUGCUGUGAGUGAUCAGUGUGAGGUAUUCGGAUUCUGUGGGAGCUUCGGAGUUUGCAGGUACGAUGAUACGGAUGCUGGUCCCAUCUGCGGAUGCCCUUCUAGAAACUUCGAACCCGUUGAUCCUAAUGAUGGCAGGAGGGGUUGUAGAAUGAGAGGCGAUAUUCGGAGCUGUCAGACAACUAUGCUGUCUUUGAACAAUACCUUGUUCUUGACAUUCCCUCCUCAGAUUGAUACUGAUUAUUUCACUGCAAAUAUCAGAGCUUGUAGGUCUAACUGCCUCGUUGAUUCCACGUGUGUUGCCUCAAGCUCAAUGGCUGAUGGAACGGGCGUUUGUUACAUGAAGAGAUCGGAUUUCAUCAGUGGCUACCACUCUCAGAUCCUCACCAGCACGUCGUAUGUGAAGGUGUGUGAUCCGGCUAUGCCUAAUCCUCCGGUGUCUUCAAGAAAAGACGGGGAGGGAUCUGCAGCGCUUGAGAUUGGUGUUAUAGUGUUGGGGAGUAGUUUGUUUAUAGUCAUUUUAGUUGGAGGAUUUUUGUUGUUCAAGUGUAGGGAUAGGCCAAGUUAUGAGAGUUUGGUAUCUGAGUACUCUUUUUCAGACUAUGCUUCUGGAGUUCCUGUGCAGUUCUCUUACAAGAAGCUCCAGCAGCUGACGAAAGGGUUUAAGGAGAAGCUCGGAGAGGGUGGAUUCGGAUCCGUUUACAGAGGGAUUUUAUCGAACAAGAUGGUUGUUGCUGUGAAGCAGCUAGAGGGAAUAGGUCAAGGGGAGAAGCAGUUCAGAAUGGAGGUAGCAACGAUCAGCAAUACUCAUCACUUGAAUCUUGUGAGAUUAGUUGGUUUUUGCUCUGAGGGAAAGCAUAGAUUGCUUGUUUAUGAGUUCAUGAAGAAUGGCUCUCUUGACAACUUUAUCUUUGAAUCAUCAUCAUCAUCUGAUGAGAAGAUUUUGGAUUGGGAUUGUAGAUAUAGAAUUGCCCUAGGCACGGCAAAGGGGAUGACGUACCUACAUGAGGAGUGCCGCGACUGCAUUCUCCACUGCGAUAUAAAGCCUGAGAACAUACUCUUGGAUGAGAGCUACAAUGCAAGAAUCUCUGAUUUUGGGCUGGCGAGGAUGUUGAACUUGAAUGAUCAUAGGCAUAGGAGCCUGAUCACGGUGAGGGGAACGAGGGGCUACUUGGCUCCCGAGUGGAUAGCUAACCUUCCGGUCACAUCCAAAGCCGAUGUCUACAGCUAUGGCAUGGUGCUGCUGGAGAUUGUGAGUGGGAGGAGGAACUUUGAGGUCUCUCCUGAGACGGGAAACAGAAGGUUCUCGUUGUGGGCAUACGAGGAGUUUGAGAAGGGCAAUGUGGGAGCAGUUGUUGACAGAAGGCUGGUGGAAAGUGACAUUGAUAUUGUGCAAGCAAUGAGGCUGCUGCAGGUGAGCUUCUGGUGCAUCCAAGAGCACCCGUCGCCUAGGCCUACGAUGGGGAAGGUUGUGCAGAUGCUUGAAGGGAUUGCUGAUGUGCAGAAGCCACCUCCACCUCUGUUCUUGGCUGAUGGAUCAGCUCACCCUUCAGCUGUCAUUUCAUCAGUUUCGUCGUCCCAAAUGACGGCUAUUUCGUCGUUAGUUUCGUCUUGAAUGAUCUUGGAUGCUCAAUUUGGCUUGCCAGCUGCAGAAACAUGAUCAUCUUUUGAUUGCAGAUCUUGGUUUACUUUAAUCUUGAACGAUGUAAAGUAGAUUGAAAAUCUUGGUUUUAGGUCAAUUAUGUUUUGUUGAUUGUUUCAUGCAGAUUUUUUCUUUGUCUGAAACUGAUGUUGGCGUCUUGGAAUAGUGAGUGCAGCAUAGAAGAAUUCAAGCAAGAACUGCUUUUUACCGUUUUGACUAAAA